CGCCCGCCGGCCGCUUUCUGAAGGUCCAGUUAGCCCACCUGGAGACACCCGCACGCCUGGCCACUCCCUCACCGGAUGCCGGGACUCUCCUCACUCUAGGCCACUCCUAUUCUGUGGCUGACCCCUAGUGGUCACGUGGAGCUGUUCGCCACGCAGGUCUGGGUCCUACUGCGAUCGACUGGGGUCCUCGCUACCCUGGAGUCGCUUCUGAGCUGCCUGUUCGCGCGAGAAUUUGGUGGGGUCGGUUUCUGGAGGGGGCUCGCACGGCAGCGCCCCUGAACUCCGCUUAGGUGCCGGUUUGGGUCCGUGGAGCUGGAUCAGGCGGUCGCCGGGGCACCCGGUGUCUGGGAGGCUGUGAAGCGGUCUGGAAAAGACGGGACAGCCCCACUCCCCAGCAGCCAGGUGUAGGUUCGAGAGCCACCGCGGCCAAAGUGAGAGUCCGACGGUUUUCCAGCGCCUGGGCCACGGCGGCGGCCCUGGGAGCAGAGUUGCCACAUAGCCCUGGGAGCCACAGGCAGCCGACGCUAAAGCACCUACAUUUAGGACCUCACCUGUCGACGACAUAGUGUCGGAGACUGAACCCGAAAUCCAGAGGUCCCACCCAUCGCCCCGGGGUAAUCGGAGCCCUCAAACGCCAGAACAGAAGAGCCCCUUUGUUUCUCGGCCUUUUCCUGUGGAGCGACCCCAUCACGCUAAAGAUGAAAGGCUGGGGUUGGCUGGCCCUGCUUCUGGGGGCCUUGCUGGGAACUGCCUGGGCUCGGAGGAGCCAGGAUCUACACUGCGGAGCUUGCAGGGCUCUGGUGGAUGAACUAGAGUGGGAAAUCGCCCAGGUGGAUCCCAAGAAGACCAUUCAAAUGGGAUCUUUCCGCAUCAAUCCAGAUGGCAGCCAGUCAGUGGUGGAGGUGCCUUAUGCCCGCUCAGAAGCCCACCUCACAGAGCUGCUAGAAGAGGUAUGUGACCGGAUGAAGGAGUAUGGGGAACAAAUUGACCCUUCUACCCACCGCAAGAACUACGUACGUGUAGUGGGCCGAAAUGGAGAAUCGAAUGAACUGGACCUACAGGGCAUCCGAAUUGAUUCAGAUAUCAGCGGCACCCUCAAGUUUGCGUGUGAGAGCAUUGUGGAGGAGUAUGAGGAUGAACUCAUUGAAUUCUUUUCCCGAGAGGCUGACAAUGUUAAAGACAAACUUUGUAGUAAACGAACAGAUCUAUGUGACCAUGCCCUGCACAUAUCUCAUGAUGAGCUAUGAACUACUGGAGCAGCCUAGACCAGCUUGAUGGAUCACCCCCAGGAGGGGAAAUGGUGGCAAUGCCUUUUAUAUUAUGUUUUUACUGAAAUGAACUGAAAAAAUAUGAAUCCAAAAGUACAAA